AUGUCCGACUCAAGUGGUGAGCAGUCCAUCCUUACUGACCCCUUUUCAGGCGCCGUUGACGCGCAUGAGAUUCUCAAACAUGAGCUUUUACGAAGUAAAAACCCAAUGUAUGGGCAUAUUGUCGCUACCGGUACUUCCACGCGAUCGAGACCACCCUCCGAGAUCGAGCCAUCCUCUACACCUGAGCCCGAGACAUACCAGCCAACGCAACAGCAAAAGGCCAGCCCCGUUGAAGAAUAUGGCCGAGCAGGUUGCCCAUUCGACCUUUUAUGA